GAACACAACCAAACUAUGUUGUCACAUUCUGUGUGGAAAAACAGAGUUUGGUGGAGGGGACUAAAAGCUUUUUAUUUCCUCUAUUUCUUCGAACCUUCUCCACACACCCCCUUUUCCCUUCUCUCUCCUAGGGCUAUACAUAUAAUCAUACUUACAUACAUAGAUUAUCUGAUGUGUUUGUGUCUUGUCAGUUUUAGAACAUAACUGAAGCCUAAUUCAGACAAAAGCCCUUUUCUUGGAUCAAAAGAAGCAGCUUUAUUAUAUAUUCUGUUGUUUAUCUAUAUAAAAUGGACUCAGAUUCUUGGGCUAGGCUUUCUACUUCAGCAAGGCGUUACCAGUUCCGAUCAGAUUCUUUCAGUGGAGGAGAGGAGAUGGAAGGUGAAGAGGGGUUGAGGCAAGAGUUUCUGUGCCCGUUUUGCGGUGAAGAUUUCGAUAUGGUGGGACUCUGUUGCCAUAUUGAUGAGGAGCAUAUGGUGGAAGUCAAAAAUGGGGUGUGCCCAGUUUGUGCAAGGAAGGUGGGAACGGAAUUGGUUGGCCACAUCACGAUGCAGCAUGGAAGUCUUCUAAAAGUGCAGCGCAAGAGACGAUAUCGCAGAGGUGGAUCCAAUUCAACACUCUCUAUAUUGAGGAGAGAGUUGCGGGACGGAAAUCUGCAAUCACUUCUUGGGGGUUCUUCAAACUUGGUUUCGUCCACUAAUACAGAAGCAGACUCAUUGUUGUCUUCAUUUAUAUGUAACACAUCUCCAGUUGUGAGUGAUGAACCAAUAGCUGUCCAACCCCAUUCUUCAGAUGAGAUUGGCGCUGUAGCGAAUGACUCCACUGUAAGCUCAGCUGAAAGGACUGUCCACAAGUCUCCUCUGUCCGAGAAGGAUCAAGAAGAGAAAGCUAGGAGAUGCGAGUUUGUCCAGGGGCUGCUGAUGUCAACCAUGUUCAGUGAUGACUUAUAAGUUAUGAGAGAUGUUAUAGCCUCUGUACUGAUUAUAUGCCUAAGCAUUAAUUGUAGUUUGCAAAGUGGUGGAAGAUAUGCACGGCAUAUUCAGUAGAAGCAGCUAGGAGAGAUGAAGUCUGUACUGGGAGAUUGUGGUAAUUAGUAAACUAUUAUAUAUGCAUAAUAAAUGUAGUAUGAAUGUGGAAUGCUUGAUAUGUAAUUACGAAGCCAUGAUCAGUAUCUGAAUAAGUUCUAACAGUUAAUCUAGUCACUACUAUGCAUGUCUAUACUGUUUCACUUUACUAUGAAUCUUCACGCACUUGUUCUUUUUA